AGAAUCUGACCAACACUUGACUGAUCAACAUCACUUCUUUCAGCUCUCUGCACACCACAUCCAACAUGUCUCAGUCCAAGGCCGACAAGAUCGAGACCGUCAAGUCCAACCUGCCUCUCCCCGAGAACCCUCCGGUCAAGUCCGACUUCAACUCUGCCGACACAAAGACCACAGCAGCUGCCGGUGUUUCUGCGGGCGAUGUGUCCACGGGCCCUGGCGUCACUUCUGGUCUUCGCGAACCAGCCACCAAAGGCUCAGAUGAAACCGACAUGAGCAAGAUUGGCCGCCAAGGCAAGGAGGGCUUGGAGGAGACACCCAAGGAUGCGCGGCGUUAAAUCUUUCACGAGGGUACAUGAGGACACUGGAGCAUCUAUGCUGAUUGAGGGCAUCAAGGCGUUUGGUAACAUGUGCUUUGUCGCAUUUGCAUUCUAGCAUUUUGGGGUACGGUUCAACAGUGGUGGGUGGUCUUCAGUCGUCCCCUCGCCCUCAGAUAGGGUAACGUAAAUCGCCCUAGAGAAUCCGAACAUAAGAUGACCGAUUGUCCCACUGAAUCCAACACUUUUUGUG